CUGCAGUUCCUACUAUAUCAUUUGUUUGUUGCCAGUUGGCAACAAAAUCAGUUUAGACAAUUAAACAAUAGACCCCCAGAAAAAACUGUUGUCCUAACAAUGGACUUUGCAGAAAACUUUUCUUGCUUUUCUCAAAAUGAAAUCCAAGGCGCCCAUUGGGCCAAAGACUCAGUUACAAUACAUCCAGUUAUAGCAAGAUAUCAGUGCAAAAACCAAGAAUGUUACAAUUCAAUGGUAGAUGACAUCAUUGACAUCAUCAGUAAUGAUUUACAACAUGAUGUACAUGCAGUUCAAAAAUUUACAGAAGUGAUUAUAAAAUUUUUGAGGGAAGAAAGAGGAAUAGAUGUAGAAAAAAUGUUCAUUCUUUCAGACGGAUGUGCUGCCCAGUACAAGUCUAAGGUGGCAUUUUUAGAUUCCAGCAUGUCAGAGGUGGACAAUAAUAUCAAAUCAGAAAAGGCAUUUUAUGGCUCCAGGCAUGGAAAGAACAGGUGUGAUGGAGAAGGGGGGGUCAUAAAAUCGAAGGCAGCAAGAAUAAUAAGGAACGGAGGAUUGAUCAACUCUGCUAAGGAUUUGUAUGAACAGUGUUUAUGUUUGCAAAAAGAACUUACAAACCCUGAUGGAACUUGUAACCAUAACAGACGAAAAUUAAUUUGGGUUGAAAGAAGCAACAUACGACAUGUAAGACCAAACAGAGUAUGUAAAACAGUUAAAGGUACCCGAAGUCUACAUUCUGUGAGGGGUAUCGGAGCAGGACAAAUUCAAGUCAGGAGACUGGCUUGUUUUUGUGGUUUUUGCACUGCCACUGAACAUGCUGAAGGAACAAGUUCAACAUGCGAGAAUGAGGCAGUUGUUGGUGAAUGGAGGAGUGUAAACUUGAAUGGUUUCAACAUGCUAAAUAGGAAUGACAUAGAGCAAGACAUUGAAAACAGGAAUGAUGAAGAGCAAGACAUUGAAAACAGGAAUGAUGAAGAGCAAGACAUUGAAAACAGGAAUGACGAAGAGCAAGACAUUGAAAACAGGAAUGACGAAGAGCAAGACAUUGAAAACAGGAAUGACGAAGAGCAAGACAUUGAAAACAGGAAUGAUGAAGAGCAAGACAUUGAAAACAGGAAUGAUGAAGAGCAAGACAUUGAAAACAGGAAUGACGAAGAGCAAGACAUUGAAAACAGGAAUGAUGAAGAGCAAGACAUUGAAAACAGGAAUGACGAAGAGCUAGACAUUGAAAACGAACAAAAUGAUAGAGAUGAUGAUGAUGAAAUAGUAAACAAAGAUGGACCUGAUCUCAACAUGCUAAACAGGAAUUACAUGAAUGAUGAAGAGCAAGACAAUGAAAACGAACAAGAUAAUAGAGAUGAUGACGAUGAAAUAGUAACAAAAGAUGGACCUGACGAUUUCCUUGGAAGUGACUUAUUUACUGAACUACCAGAGCUAAAGGACACCAGUAUGACGAGUCUCAACUUCAACAACAUGUCAUUCAGUGAUGCUGAUUGCGAAAAAGAAUCUUUCAAUGCACAUGAUUCAUUUAUUGAUCAAUUUAUCAAUUGGAACCAUGAAAACACAGAAAACGUUGAACAUGUUCAAGAAAAAUGUAUUCCUUCAAGGUUUCUGAAUGGCCAUGGAUUAUGUAUUAUAAGUAUCUUAAAGAUGGAAAAUGGAUGGAUGGUGGGCCAACGUAUACCAUUGCAACGUCAGAUGUUGUUGAUACGUUGGAUCCACCAGACAUAAGAAUGGAAGGUCGUCGCCUUUAUUAUAUAUUUAAUGGCAAUGAUUUCAAGAAAGGGCCAAAGAAGAUUGUUGACUUGUGAACAUGGUGAACUGCGAUGCAAUGACUCAUUUUGAUUAAUUAUUGUUAAUUAGAAUAUCAAU